AUGGAAUUAUAUGAUUCUGGAAUAAUUGAAGAUUGGAUAAACAAGAGGAAGGACCUAAAGACUGACACUAUUGAAAAUACAAGAGGCUUUGGUCAUGUUUUCAGAGCAACAAAAAACCUUUCAGCCAAGGAUUAUGCUGUUAAGAUUGUCCCUGAUACAAAAAAGGCUCUGCGAGAAGUAAAGGCCUUAUCAGACCUCAAACACCAGAACGUUGUCAGAUACUACGACCACUGGAUGGAGGAUUCAAAAUAUCAAAGCAGCUCCGACUCUGGCUCUGACUCUGACUCUGGCUCUGACUCCUUCCAGUUUAAUAAUGAUUCAUGUCCACAGUACCUCUAUAUAAUGAUGGAAUUAUGUAAUUUUGGAACAAUUGAGGACUGGAUAAACAAGAUGAACGAGACUAUUCUUCAAGACUUGCAGAGAAGAGCACAGAGUCUUUCCAUUUUCAAACAAAUUGUCAGUGGAGUUGAGUACAUUCAUUCCAAGAACUACAUUCAUAGGGACCUAAAGCCCGCCAAUAUCAUGUUUGGAGAGAAUGACGUGGUGAAGAUUGUGGACUUUGGUUUGGUUGCCAAGAAGGACCAUGGUAAAAAGCGGAGUAGAAGAGCAGGAACCGCAUCUUAUAUGGCCCCUGAACAAAUGACUAAUACAUACGACCAUAAAGUGGACAUGUUUGCUUUGGGGCUGAUCUUCUUUGAACUCCUUUGGAAAAUUUCUACUGGCCACGAAAGAGCAGAGGUGUGGAAAAAGGCAAGAAAAAACGAGCUUCCUGAAGAGUUUUCAGAAGAUUUUCCCCAAGAGUUCCAAAUGAUUAAGCGGCUGCUGUGUGCGAAUCCACAACAACGACCUGAAGCAAGUCAGCUCAAGGAGGAGCUGGAUGUUAAGGAAAUGCCUUAAUUAAUAAUUUUAACAUUUCUUCAUCAUGAUGCCUUACUUAUUUUUUUUUACUUUAUUUUUUUUUCUCCUCUACUUUUAAACUUUUUCAAAUGUAAAACACCUUGAAUUGCU